CUGGCGACGCCAAGGCAACGGUCGACGGUCACGGUCGUGAAGUGAUUGGCGGCACAGCUUCGGUUCACUCGCGACGACAUGGAGCCGCGAUCUCCGCCUUAGUGGCGCCCGGAGGACAGGAUCGGUCUCAGCAAUUAGGGACAGCAUGAAUUCGGUUAUCCUGAGCUACCAUGACAGCUUAAUACGCCAUUCAGAUCUCCUCCUCCUCAACCCACCAAACUGGCUGAAUGACCAUAUCAUUGGGUUUGCUUUUGAGUACUUUGCCACUGAACAGUACAAGGAACUAGAGGGGAAUGUGUGCUUCAUCAGCCCUGAGGUUACCCAGUUUAUCAAGUGCACAGCCAGUCAGGAGGAGCUAGCCAUCUUUCUGGAACCUCUAGCCCUGGACCAGAAGAGCUUAGUCUUCUUGGCAGUCAACGACAAUUCUGUGCAGGCAGCUGGGGGUUCUCACUGGAGCCUGCUUUUCUACAGUAGGGAGAGGAACUGCUUCAGUCACUAUGAUUCCUGUAGCAGUAUGAACGAAAGUCACGCCCGUCAGAUUGCCAGGAAAUUGCAGUACUUCCUGGGAACCCAAUCCAAAGUGCCUUUCUUUGAAGAGUUGGCACCAGUACAGAAGAAUAGUUAUGAUUGUGGGAUGUAUGUAAUAUGUAACACAGAAGCUCUCUGUGAGCAAUAUCUCAGGAGGGACCAAAGGUCACUGCAGAUGAUUGUCACCCCACCUUACAUCACACAAAAGAGAACCAUCUGGAAAAAGCUGAUUGAGCAGAUGGCAAAGGAAUAAUUAGUUCUUGCACAAAUAUUUGCCUUCUUUAGUGGAUGAGUCAGCUAUAUUUUUGUUGACAGAAGAAUUACCUUUGCCGAGUUGGGGAAUGUUUAUUUAUAGUCACAAUAAAAGGCUAGAUGGA